AUGAUCGCCCAAAAAAUUAUCAAAAGCGCUCUGUUUGGAGGCAUGAGAACUAUACGAAUGUUUUCAAAUAGUUCAUUUGCCUCGGAUGAAAAGCAACAAACCACCCAUUUUGGUUUCAAGCAAGUUCCGGUUGAUUCCAAAGAGCACCUUGUUGGAAAUGUUUUCAGUUCUGUGGCUAGCAAUUACGACAUCAUGAAUGAUGUGAUGUCCUUGGGUGUUCAUAGAUUAUGGAAAGACCACUUUAUCAAGAAACUUGAUGUGGGUGCCAGACCUGGUGGUGAACCACUAGAAUUUCUUGAUGUUGCCGGUGGUACAGGGGAUAUCGCCUUUGGUUUAUUGGAUAAUGCUCUUUCCAAGUAUUCUGACAAUAAGUCCAAAAUCAUAGUGGCUGAUAUAAAUCAAGAUAUGUUGAAUGAAGGGAAGAAAAGAUUCUUGAAUACCAAGUUUGCCUAUGAAUCAAAUUCAAGAAUUGAGUUUUUACAGCAAAAUGGACAAGUUUUAGAUAAAAUCCCUGAUAAUUCCAAAGACGUUUACACAAUUGCUUUUGGUAUUAGAAAUUUCACUGAUAUUCAAGCCGGUUUGAAUGCUGCUUACCGUGUUUUGAAACCAGGUGGAAUCUUUGCUUGUUUAGAGUUCUCCAAGGUUAAUAACCCAAUCUUGGACUCAAUUUAUUCAAAUUAUAGUUUCACAUUCUUGCCGUUGAUGGGGCAAUUGAUUGCCAAUGAUAGGGAAUCUUAUCAGUACUUGGUUGAAAGUAUUAAAAAAUUCCCAUCCCAAGAUAAAUUUGCUAGUAUGAUUAGGGAAGCAGGAUUUUAUGUCCCUGGUGUUGGUUAUGAAAACUUAUCUUUUGGUAUUGCUGCCAUUCACAUUGGUGUGAAGCUCUAA